UCAUUCCUUCCGCCUCUCUCUUCUAUCAGUUCUUCUACUUCUUUCUUUCUCGACAACAGUCAGAGACUCAGUCAGAGAGAGAACUCACAGACGACUCAGACGAGACGGAGACGACCUCGAGCCCUCAACCACUCCAGGUGCCACGGCGAUCCCACCCCAACGUGACGCCGGCGCCAUUGUGAUCUUACCCCGACGGUCGUGGCCCUCCCAUACCCUCUGAAGGCUGAAGCACAUACGACUUCCGACUCCGUCCCUAUGGUCUCGCUCAUGCUCCGACGCUCCUCCAUCCUUCACUGCUCUCCAAUCCGAGUCUCUGACGUAAUUGUCAAUUGAAGCCCGAUUGAGUUCUCAAUUGUCAACUGAGCCCUAACCUGAUUGAGUCUCCCUCUACUCUCAAUCCAUGUUUGAUUGCACAGUUGAUUGAAGUUCAUCCGCCUCCAGCCCUUGUCCAUGGUAUUUACCCGCGUUUGUACAAUUUCAUCUUUGUUGCAACAUUUGUACUCUACCUUUGUGUAGAAAUUGACUAUAAUUUCCUUUGAGCUUCUGAGAUAAAUGCGGAUGGACUACUUAAUCUAUAGUAUAUAUAUUGUAACCGGAAAAAAUCUAUAGUUUAUAUAUUUAAUUAUAUGGUUAUGACAUCUAAUAUGUAUCUAGCAAAAUUAUGUGACAUUCUGUUUGCAGGAUUUGAUACCUCCUGAAUAUCUGGAUGAACUGUUGCUGUUGCAAGAUAAAAUAGCUCCAUUUUCUACUAAGAUUGCUUACAUACAAUAGAAAAAGGAGCUUAACUUGCCUAUGAUGAGUUAUUUGCAGAGAUUUCACCAGAGCCUAUAGCAGCAGCAUCCCGCAGACAGGUCUUAAUACGACAAAUCAUUUCAUAAUCUUUCAGCUCUUUGUUCAGGAUGUACUUCUUUUAUUUAAAAUGACUACAUAAAUUAUUUUUCCUUACUGUAAAGGUGGAGAUAUAUGCCCCGUCUAUUCUCUGCCUAUAUUACUUCCUCAAACAUUAAUUUUGUUCUCCCAAGCUUGCAUGAGCUUUGCCAGUAAAACUUUAGUAGCUGAUACGGAUAUAAACAGGUUGUGACCGACUUGUAAAGCUCAACUUGCACCCUGAAAAUUGGAAGUAUUUAGCCUUCUAUGAAGAUGGAGGGAUGAAAUUUUUUGAGAAUCGUGGAACCACACCAGUAAUUAAUAAUUUUCUAGAAGGUAAACGGCGUGCUCGCCCAGUGACCGGCGCGGCUUGCUGUCCGACUUCAUGGCUUCGUGCUUCUGCUAGUGCUCCCUCCCACUUCACCCCCGAUCGUCGACCAGCUGCUGUAGAGUUCCUUCCUCCUCCACCGGGACCCAGCUACUGCUCCUGGCCCACCGCCCCUACCAGCUGCUGUUCCAGCCUCCUGUCCUGCUCUAACCCGACCAGCUACAGCUGCUGCUCUGCCUCCCCCUCCACCUCGACCGCCUGCUGCUGCUGCUCCAGCUCUAAAGAGAAUCGAGAAAAUUGAAAUAGCACUUCAUCUUCCCGUACUCGCUGGGAAACGAACUCAACGUAGCAGGAGCAGUGUCAACGUGUUCCACUCGGGGCGGGCAGCAAAAUUGUAUAAGCAAAAAUAUCGAACGUAAAGGCUCAGACUUUUUUUAUAUAUUGACGGCGAUUCUUCUUCGGUCCUAACUGCUUCUGGAAUUCCUAAGUUGGGAAUGGGAAUGGCAGCGGUGACGGCAAUUUUGGCUGGGAAGGUAGGAGGCGCUGUGCAACAAGCAUCAAGGAAUCGGGCGGCAGGAUGGUGGUACGACCCUCACAUGGCCGCGGCCUCACGCGCUAUAGCUGAACGCACCCCGCUGGUCGAUCUCAUCCUCGAAGUCAGAGAUGCUCGGAUUCCAUUGUCGUCUCAGUUUGAUCAACUAAAGGACCAACCACCUUCAUCUAAGCGAGUUAUUGUGUUGAACAAGAUGGACCUUGCAAAUGGGGCAGAGGUCAAGGAAUGGAUGAGUUAUAUGGAGCAUCAAAAGCAAAUAUGCUAUGGAGUCAAUUCCCAUAACAGGGAUAACAUUAAGAAGUUCCUUAAUUUCUUGCAAGCCCAUAUGAGACAAUUGAAGAAGAUAGACUACUCUAGUUCUACAAUAACAAUGAUGUUGGUUGGGGUUCCGAAUGUUGGAAAAUCAGCUCUUGCCAACUCUUUGCAUAAAGUUGGCAGGGUUGGUGCUGCAGAGAAAGGGAAGUUGAAGCAUGCGACUGUGAGCCCACUGCCUUGUGAGACUAAAGAUAUCAGCAGCUUCAAGAUCGCCAGCAAUCCAAAUGUAUACGUAUUGGAUACUCCUGGAAUAUUGCCUCCCGUGAUCAAUGAAACUGAGAUAUGCUCAAAGCUAGCUUUAACAGGAACCAUCAGAGAUUCUUUAGUUGGUGAAAAAGAACUUGCUAUGUACUUUCUAUCGAUGCUCAAUUCCAGUGAAGAGUACAAGAAAUGGGCUGAGUUGUCAAGCGCUCAAACAGGGAGAAUGUUAGCAGAUUGUGAAGCAGCAUGUGCAAGUAGCUCAGACCUUGACAUGAAAGGGAAAAGACGGUACCCAUCAGAUCACACACAGGAUUUCAUAGUAGAUGAUGUCCGCCGCACUCUUUAUGAGGAAGCCUCAUCAUUUCAAAGAAAACUGGCUAAAAGUAAGGAUUGUAUGAGACUAAUCGAGUUGCAACUGGAAGCCUUACCUGAAGCUUUUCGGGUUCCGCUAGAAUUCGGUGAUGACUCUUUUGUCAAGGUCUCGAAAAAAUUACUGAAUCUGUAUCGUACUGGGAGGUUGGGACAUUACACUUUGGACUCAGUUCCAAAUCAUAGUCAUUUGAUUUUGUAGUGUAAUCAAUAACCCGAGCCCUUGGCAAGAUGCAUCACAGAAUUGAAGCUUCACCAUUUUGAGCUGCCUAACCCGGCCUAUUGGGGAAUAGAGAAGUGUCAGAAUUGCAAUUUCAGGCAGAAAAAUAACGAAAUGCAAGAAUUGCAGUUUUCCUCCGUUAGGCUGGCAUUGGUCCAACCAAAAGCUUGGUGCACUGGGAUUGGCUUGUGUAAAUACUCCUUUUAAAGAGGCUCAAUAGGGAAGUUUAUCUCUUUAUCAUAUAUAAUAAUACAAAAAUUAACGUGAGUUAAGUUCA